UUGAUUGAGGAAUAUUACAAUUUCUCAAGAAAUUCAAAUAUCAACGAGCAACUUUUAAAGAUAAUAUUACCUUGGAGAGUUUGAGAAUUGCAAAAAUCGUGCUGCCAGUUUAGAUAGGACAUAUACAUCUUUUUUCGCAUAGUUGAAUUACUAACGACAUGCACCUAAAACAAAUAGGUUCUUUAUAAGAAAGCGAGUCCACAGAGAAAUAUCACUUUGUCGAGUCUCAGUAAGAAGAAGACUUCGAGAGGUUCUUCUGCAGUCAUUUGACACAAGAAACAACGCCCAGGAUACAGACUAAAAACAAGAGAUCCGUUAUGGAUGAGAACGUUAUGGAUAAGAGAGAAUAUGAGAAUAUUUCGCCCAGCCGAAAGGCAUAUCCGUGGACAUGUAGCAGCUCCAAAAACAGCUUGGAAUCUAUUAUAUCUCACGACACAAUACGAGACGCAUCACAAGACGAGCCGGUGAUGCAGAAACAACCUUGGAGCAAGGAAGAGAUCGAAGUAGCAUUAUCGAAUCUUCCGGGAGGCAACAUAGCUUUAUCUCUGAUUCCUACUCUUCAUGGCAAUGCUCUACAAAAGGUUCUGGAAGAAUUUCAACCUGUGACUCUCAACAAAAAUGAGCAUCGCAAGAAUAACAUAUCGUUGGCCACGUCCGCAGAUGAAAUUGAGCAAGAGACUGUAUUGGCUGACGAAAAUAAAGCAGCGGAUAUGACUCCGGGACAAUUACUCGCAGAAUGGCCGAAUACGUGUCUACUGAUUGCUAGCUGGCUGGGCCAUGAAGAAAUAGUUAGGGCUUUGUUAGAAAAAGGUGUGUCAGUUUCUACGAGGGACAAUGAUGGAAGGACACCGCUACAUCUGGCAGCAUGUACCACGUCCACGAAGAUCGUGGAGGAGCUAUUGAAACAUAAUGCUGAUCCACGUCAAUGGGAUUUCGAGAAGAAAUGUACCCCGUUGCAUUGUGCUGCCGCAGCUGGUUGCGUUGCUACUGUUAAAUGCUUGAUCAAUGCAGGCGCAAAUGUGCAUACCAGAAGAAGUCCACUUUAUUACGCCGUGCUGAACAAUGCUAUGGAUUGCCUCGAAACUUUACUGCAAGCAGGUGCUUGUCCUGAUAAUCCACAGGUUUAUACAAAGACGCCUUUGCAUGUGGCGGUUACUUUGGGCAAUGUCCAUUGUAUCAAAUUGCUGUUGGAUCACGGUGCGAAUGUGACAAUUCAAAUGGGAACAAUGAAAUCGACACCUCUACACUUGGCGGCGGAAAAAGGUAACGCGGAAAGCACUAAAUUACUGUUAGACGCCGGCGCAAAGACUGAGACAAAAAACUCGAAUGGUCAAACGGCAAUGCACUUGGCAACGCUCGCCCAAUCUAUAGAGACGAUAAAGGAAUUGAUUAGAUUUGGCGCAAAGGUGGACGAAGAGGAUAAUGAAGGACACACUCCUCUACAUGCUGCAGUUCCAAGGAAAAGUAGCGAAUUGAUCAAGAUUUUAAUACAAGCAGGCGCAUCAGUUAAUAAAGCAGACAAGUGCGGUUAUACACCGUUGCACAUCGCUGCUUUGAACGAGAGGUCGCACACAGUGGGGAUGUUGUUGUCAAAAGGUGGCGACGUAACAGCGCGUACUAAAGACGGCGUCACCGCUCUUAGCUUCAUCGUACACCGUACUCCGAAGGUGUUAUCGCAACUUGAGACGCGUCUCGAUCAAGCAGUCUCAUUAAACGAUCACGAGCUUGGCGAUAUGGACUGUAAACUGCGAGUGGAUAUUCGACCAUUGGUUCCAUUGAACUGUUGCAACGAAACGGAACUGAUGCUCUGUCUGGUGGAGGUCGGUCAAGGUCACAUGCUAAAGCAUCCAUUAUGCCAGAGUUUUCUCCAUCUAAAAUGGAAGCGUAUUCGCAAGUUUUUCGUGCUCAGUCUUCUGUUCCAUUUAAUCUUCGUCGCUUUCUUCACCGGCUUCGUCUGCGCGACAUAUGUGUACGAAAAAGCUGACAACAGGCAGCUGAGCAGAGUCCUCUUCUGGCCAGUAUUAAUUAUUACAUGCUUAUCUGCGAUUAAAGAGAUCUUCCAGAUUACCUAUGGUAUUUGCUAUUAUAUUAAACGUUGGGAAAACUGGUUGCAGUUGAGCGUGAUCGUGGCAUCCAUCAUCAUCUUGAUUUCUCCAUGUUCGUGUCCAUGGCAACAUGACGUUGCUGCCGUAGGCAUUCUGCUGGCCUGGAUCGAGUUGAUGAUUGUGAUUGGUUAUUUUCCCAUGUUUGGCCUCUAUAUACAAAUGUUUACGCAUGUGUUCAUCAAUUUCUUGAAAUUUCUCUCAGCCUACUUUUGUCUCAUAAUCGGCUUCUCUCUUAGCUUUAAUGUGCUGCACAGCAAUUACGAUUCCUUCGCUGGUCCACUGAUCAGUCUGCUCAAGACGGUGAUUAUGAUGUCCGGUGAGCUGGAAUUCGAGGAUAUUUUCUUUGAUGAUAAAAAACGACUCGAGUAUCCUGGCACGGCGCAUGUUAUGCUUCUUUGCUUCGUUAUUCUGGUGACGGUGAUAUUAACGAAUCUAAUGGUUGGUCUGGCUGUGUCGGAUAUCCAAGAGUUACGUAAAUGCGCAGGUCUCAAACGAUUGGUGCGUCACGCCGAGGUAAUAGCUCAUUUCGAAAACAUGCUGUUCUCGAAAUUGAUUGAUUACACUCCCGCGUGUAAAAUAAUACAAGCGUGCAGGAAAAAUACGCGAUUGUUGCAUUCACCGCAACAUUGUUUCCUCCAUAUUCGACCGAAUGAUCCGCGCGAAAAGCGUCUGCCACGAGAGCUCAUUCAGUUGUUGUAUCGUCUGGCCAGCGAGAAGAAAAUGCGACGAGGAAUUUUUCGCGGCAACGCGCCACCACCUCAAAGCGUCGCCACGAAUGAUACGAGACUCAGGAUGUAUAGCAAUGACAGUAAUCAACAGCAACUGGACAAACUUGUGGCCGAGCUAAAGGAAUGUUCCCAUGACAUCAGUAUCAGGUUGGAUAGCUUGACGAACAAGAUAGAGAAUAUCGCCCGAGAGCAGAUUUGACGAUGCAUUUAUAAAAUUAUUAAUAUUGCCUAAUUCUAUAUCGUCGAACAUUUGAAUUGUUUUAAAAAAGCGAAACGGAGACUCGGAUGAUAUAUCGAACCAGAAUUUAAAAUUCAAGGUAGAACGCAAAGAUGUGAUAUACUCAAGCAACAAACAAAUUGAAAAUAAUUAUAAUGUCUUUAGAUGUAAAUUUUAACGAUCUAAUUUGUGACAACCCAAAAACAUUUGUGGAUUUAACAA